AUGUCUAUAGAUCUUAUUGAUGCUACCUUAGCAACAGGCUGUAGAAAAAGCAAUAAGCCGCUAGCAGCUCGUUAUCUCAUCAUCCGGCUUCCAAGUUCAGAAUUCAUUAAAAUAUUCCAACGCGUACUUCUUUUGAUUUUCGCUUUAGCUUCUUUCCAAUUCAUAAUCAAUUCCAAGAGAAUCACUUCUUCAGGUUCAAUUGUCGAUUUCGCCAAGAAUUCAAUCGACACCGAGCAAGUACUCUCAAUUUUAUUUCAUGACUUAACCAACGAAGGCCUUCUUAAGAAAACGCAACACAAAGCGGUUUUCCUCGCAAACGACGAGUCGUUGAAAGGCGUAACUGAUUUCAGCCACGAAAUGGAAUUUGUUCCAUUAGAAGACAUUGAGAAACAGAACUCUGUCGUUGAUAAUACUAUUGAUUUUAUUUUCACAACUAACUUUCCUGAAGCUUCUAAAUUCAUUGAGAGGGUUCUGAAACCGGAAGGUGUUGUAACUGUUCUGAUGAGCGAACAUAAUCCAGCAUCGUUUUAUAAGCCAAAGAAUUACAGAAUUGUUUAUAUGAGACAAUUUGAUUCUGUUGCGGUGGCGAUGAAGAAAACAGCCGUCAUUACUGCCGAUCACAACAAACUUAACCUCGCCGUGCCGAGAAAGCUCUUAGGUUACGCUGAAGCAAAGAAAAUUGCAUUACAGAAUCUGGAAGACGUUCUCUUAGAGCCACCAAGAGCUGCAUCAGGAAAAUCACGAAAGUAUUUGAAGCGAACAAGGUAUUUACCCGAUUUAAUGGGAGAUUCACUCGAAAGCUACCCCCGCCGUGUCUUCAUCCACGUAGGAUUACCGGAGAAAUCCGGAGGAAGCGGUACCGAUUGGUUUUUGAAGAAUUACCCUACAAGGAACAGAAAAUUCGAGAUGAUUAAAAUCGAGACAACGGUGGUGCCAGAGAAGUCGGAGAAAUCGGAGAAGAAGGUAGUGUCGAUGUCAGAUUGGUUGAAUAAGAAUGUGAAAGAAGAAGAGUAUGUUGUGAUGAAAGCGGAAGCUGAGGUUGUUGAAGAGAUUAUGAGAAGCAAUUCUAUUGGUUUAGUCGAUGAGCUUUUCUUGGAGUGCAAGCCACAACAUGGUUUUAAAACUGAGAAUAAAAAUAGAAGAGCUUAUUGGGAAUGUUUGGCUUUGUAUGGUAAGUUAAGAGAUGAAGGUGUUGCAGUGCAUCAAUGGUGGGGUUAA